AUGCACCCCUUUUCCAUCCUCACUCUCGGAAUCUUUGUAGCGGGCUACAUCACCGCGAGGUGGGACCUUGUAACUCGGCUGUACGAGCUUGCUAUUUUUGCAUGGGACCACGGCGUCGUGGUAUGGCUUGCAAUUGUCCUUCUCUUCCAUUAA